AGGUCCACCAUGAUGAGAAACAACGUUUUCGUGUUACUGUUAAUGUUGAUAUUUUCAUGGCUUUGUUCUGUGAAAGCCGCGGUUACUUAUGACAAUAGAGGUCUUAUAAUUGACGGAAAGAAAAGAAUUCUUAUGUCUGGCUCUAUUCAUUAUCCAAGAAGUACUCCUGAGAUGUGGCCUGAUCUUUUGAAGAAGGCUAAAGAUGGAGGUCUAGAUAUUAUACAAAGUUAUGUCUUUUGGAGUGGACAUGAGCCUUCUCCUGGAAAAUAUUAUUUUGAGGAUAGAUAUGAUCUUGUUCGGUUCAUCAAGUUGGUUCAAGAAGCUGGGAUGUAUCUUGAUCUGAGGAUUGGCCCCUAUAUUUGCGGGGAAUGGAACUUAGGGGGAUUUCCUUCUUGGCUGAAAUUCGUGCCUGGCAUUGAAUUUAGAAUAGACAAUGAGCCUUUCAAGUCGGCAGUGCAAAAGUUCGUGGAGAUGAUAGUGAACAUGAUGAAGGCAGAAAAGUUAUUUCAAACUCAGGGAGGUCCAAUCAUUAUGUCACAGAUUGAGAAUGAGUUUGAAAUAGUAGAAUACGCAAUCACUCCUGGUGCUAAAGCUUAUAUUAACUGGGCAGCUCAAAUGGCUUUAGGUCUUGACACUGGUGUCCCAUGGCUUAUGUGCAAACAAGAAGAUGCUCCUGAUCCAAUUAUAAACGCCUGCAAUGGUUUCUACUGUGAAAACUUUCUUGCAAACAAGCCAUAUAAACCCAAACUUUGGACUGAAAACUGGACUGGCUGGUUAACCGGGUUUGGUAGUGCAACUCUUGAAAGACCAGUAGAAGACAUGGCAUUUUCAGUUGCCAGGUUCAUUCAGAUGGGCGGUUCCUUAGUUAACUACUACAUGUACCAUGGAGGAACUAAUUUUGGGCGGACGUCUGGUGCCUUCGUUGCUACUACUUAUGAUUAUGAUGGUCCAAUUGAUGAAUAUGGACUAAUCAGGGAACCAAAGUGGACACAUUUGAAGGAUUUACAUAGAGCCAUCAAAGCAUCCGAAGCAGCUAUAUUGUCUUCAGAGCCCAUCCUUACUCUGCUUGGACAAGGCCAAGAGGCUCGCGUAUUUAGGUCAAAAACUGGGGCUUGUGCGGCUUUCCUUGCAAACUAUGACUAUAAUUUGAAUAUCAAAGUCAACUUCGAAAAUGAGGAGUAUGACCUGCCACCUUGGUCCAUCAGCAUCCUCCCUGACUGCAGAACCGUAGCUUUCAACACCGCUAAGGUUGCUGUCCAAAGAUCCCCGGCGCAGAUGACACCCGUCACCAAAUUUUCUUGGGAGUCAUUCACCGACGAAAGUAUCCCUGUUAUGGAAGAUGAAGCACUAACAAACAAUGGAUUGUGGGAACAACUAAAUUUGACCAGAGAUGCUACAGAUUACUUGUGGUAUAUGACAAAUGUGAAUAUUGACCCUAAUGAAGGAUUUUUGAAGAAUGAACAAGAUCCUCUUCUCACCAUUAUGUCCGCAGGUCAUGCGGUGCAAGUUUUCGUUAAUGGUCAACAAGCAGGAGUUGCUCAUGGUGGAAUAACCUUUCCUAAAUUUACAUUCAAUCAACCUGUCAAACUGAAAGCUGGUAUUAACAAGAUUUCUUUAUUAAGUUCAGCUGUGGGUCUUCCGAAUAUUGGUGCAUCCUUUGAGAAAUGGAAUCUUGGUGUUCUGGGCCCGGUAACUCUGACAGGUCUCAAUAUGGGUCCAAGAGACUUGUCUAUGCAGAAAUGGUCUUACAAGGUUGGUGUGAAAGGUGAAGAUUUAAGCAUUUUUACUGAGAAGGGGAGUGCCUCUGGUCAAUGGGUAGAAGGACAAUCAGUGCCCCAAAAACAACCAUUGACAUGGUACAAGACUACUUUCGAUGCACCAGCAGGGAAUGAUCCAUUAGCUUUGGAUAUGAGAACCAUGGGAAAAGGGAUGAUGUGGAUAAACGGUCAGAGUAUUGGGCACCACUGGCCUGCAAAUUUAGCAGUGGGUGAUUGCAGGGGUUGUAAUUAUGCUGGACCUUAUAGUAAUUUGAAAUGUCAUUUCAACUGUGGAAAUCCAUGUCAAAUAUGGUAUCACGUUCCACGCUCAUGGUUGAAGCCGAUUGGAAACCUAUUAGUUGUGUUCGAGGAAUGGGGUGGUGACGCCAACGGGAUCAGUUUGGUCAAAAGAACGAUAGGAAAGGGUGGCAAAACUGCUUGAAAUAAUUGACAGAUUUGAUGAGUUUGACACCGCCAGAAGGCUGAAGUUUACAACCAUACUACAAAAUUGGCUGAAGCAGACAA